UUUUUAAUAAUAUUAUUAUCACAAUCACAAUCACCGAGUUUUGUCUUCUGUGUUAUUAUAUUUUGUUAUUACUUUUUUAUAAUAAUAAUUUUUAUUUGUCAAUAUUGUCGAGUUGUCGCGCAACAUUGCGUAUUAGCUUGUUUAAGUUUAAUUCAACUUAAUCAAUACUCAAUUUAUUAUACUCAAGUGGAUAAAAUUGAUAAAAAUCUCAUCGUGGGAUUUACAAUUCUCAACUCUACUUUCGAGUGGCAAUUCUCGUUUCAUUGGGUUAUUUAAAUCUAACUUUCGCUGCCCGUGCACGUCGGACGCAUAUCCAUUACUCCUCCCAUACCCUAUAUUUGAUUUCCGAUUCGGUGUUUUGGAACAUAUUAAUAAAAAAAAAAAACAUUAGGUACUGUAAAUUAUAAUGUCUCCGUGUACUGAAGAAGCGAACAAAAAGACCAUCGGCAUCAUUGGUUGUGGGGCAUCUGGUUUGGCGGCUUUGAAAAAUUUUGCAGCCAAUGAUUCGUUGUUCAAAUGCGUAGCGUUUGAGCAGACAGCCAGCAUUGGAGGUACAUGGGUGUACACAGACGAUGUCGACCGAGACCAAUACGGCUUACCAGUUCACUCCAGCAUGUACAAAAGCCUGAGGUCAAACUUGCCAAAAGAAAUUAUGGAGCUAAGUGGAUUUCCACACACAGGUGUUGGGGAUGCUUGCUACUUUCCAGCUGCAUACAUACAGAAAUAUCUGAAUGAUUUCACUGACCAUUUUAAUUUAAGACCACAUAUUAAGUUUCAUCAUCAUGUAGAAAAAGUAAGACCUAUCAAUAAUAGUCAAUGGGAAUUAAAUGUUAUAAAUUUACUACAACAAACUAAAGAAACUUUUAUCUUUGAUGCAUUGGUGAUAUGUGUUGGUAAUUAUAGCAAUCCCGCUAUUCCAGAUGUUAAGGGUUCCAACAUAUUCAGUGGGAAAAUCAUGCAUAGUCAUAGCUAUCGAGAUGCAGAUUCAUUUAAAGGAAACUCGGUGUUGGUUAUAGGCUGUGGUGCAUCUGGCCUAGAUAUAUCAUUUGGCGCAUCAAAAGUAGCGGACAAGGUUUUCUUGAGUCAUCAUCAUCCUAGACUAUUGAAUUUGAAAAUUCCAUCUAAUUAUUUCCAUAAAACCGAUGUUAAGGAAAUUGUUGAAGAUGGUGUUAUUUUUCAAGAUGGCUCUUAUGAAAAAAUUGACACUAUAGUAUACUGUACAGGAUACACCUAUAAAUAUCCAUUUUUAAGUAGUGAAUGUGGAAUAAAAGUUGAAGACAAUGUUAUUAAAAAUCUAUUUAAACAUAUGAUUAAUAUUGAAUAUCCAACAAUGGGAUUUAUUGGUGUACCUAGAAACACUACAGGAUUUUACUUAUUUGAUCUUCAGUCCAGGAUUUUUAAAAAGAUUUUAGAAGGUGGUGUGAAAAUGCCUAGUAAAGAAGAAAUGCUUCAAGAUACCUAUAAAGAAAUUGAGGAUAGAUUGGCUAGUGGUCAGAGAUUAAAGGAUCUUCAUGCGUUGGGUAAAACUAAGUGGGCCAUGGAGUAUUACACUUCAGUUUCAAAAUUUGCCGGUGUAGAACACCCUCCACCAGUGUUAUUACAAAUAUAUUUCGAUGGUAUUGGAAGGCUUUCAGAAGAUUUUUUGAACUUUAGAGGUGAUAAAUAUCAAAUUAUUGAUAGAGAACAUUAUAAGGUACAAUAUUUUGACCAAAAUGAAUCGAUUAUUAAAAAACAAAUUUUGUAUUCUAUUUAAAACAAUUAAUAUUUAAAAUUAUAUUUUGUUAAAUUUUUUUCAGAGUUUUAAUUUGUUACAUUGAUUUUUUUUAUAAAUGUUAUUGUAUAAAUAUAUAGUUUUAUAUAGUAGUCUAUAUAUGAAUAGAAAUAUAUUUCAAGUAUCAUGCUAUUUAUAAGGGUCUUGUAACCUGGUAAAAUAUUUAAAGAAAACUGUGAUUGUCUAUUAUUUUGUGUUAAUUUAAAGUAAAUAUAAUGUUAUCUACUAAGUACCAACUAAUAGAUAUCAACUAAAAGUUAUAACCAUUUAAAAAUUAGUUAUAAUUAAUCCGUUGAUAAAACAUUAUUGAUUUUAUAAAAUAUGUAUCCCACGUUAACUAAGAAUAUAUUGUCAUAGUUAUAUAUUUUUUAUAUUAUUGUUAUUAAAAUGUUCUUGUAAUGUUAAUACAAUUUUAAAAAUUUGUACCUAUUUAAAUACUAUUUCAAAGUAAUUUAAAAGUGGUCCCAUAUUUGUAGCAUUAUUAGAGAUUGCAUAAAUGCCAAAUGAUAUAAAUACAAAUACCUAAAUCAGUAAAAAA